AUGUUGCAACUUGUCAGCAACCUUGAUGGAUAUAACAGGAAAGAUUUUUGGUUUAUCGAAAAAUUUCAGUUUUCUGACUUUUACGAUCCUUAUAUCAAUGCAACCGAGGCAAUUCCGACAUUCUUUCUCUAUGCGCAUGUCUUUCAAAAAGAUAUUCUGGGCCUCGCCGUGGAUCGUAAUGUUUCUCGACUUCAACUGCGAUUCCAUAGACCGCCUGGAGGACCGAUAGAUCUAUCAAUGGUGGUGAUAUGUUUCCUUGCCUUUGGAUGUGUAUCGGGAGGAGGCGUGUGGGCAUUCUUCCGGCACAGAGCCGGAAAGGACAAGUUGGUUGUCAAUAGAGCCCCAGCUGCAGCCGACUCACCUCAACCAGAUUCAAGUGGAUGCUCAAAUUUCCUUGCCAUUCUUAUCUUGAUGAUUAUUCUCGUUGGUAUUCUCAUGAUUGGAUUCUUUUUCCGUCCCGUUUUCGUUACUUUUUUCAACGUGAUGCUGGUUUUGUUUGGAUCAAUAAGUGUCUAUGCUUGUAUAAUGGCAGUGCUUUCAAAUAUGUCAUUCUGCGAAUGCUGUUAUUCAACGUUGUUCACUUGGAUUCCUCAUCAUCGCUGUAUUCCUGACGGGAGACCGACUGUGGUUCAAUUAAUAGUAUUUACUUUGUCAUUUGGCAUUUGUGUCAUAUGGUUUAUUUACCGCCGUACACCGUACGCAUUCAUACUUUUGGACUUCAUCAAUGUCACAUUUUGUCUUCACAUAUUGAAGUCGCUACGAUUACCCAGCGUGAAGUGGAUCUCAGUGCUGAUGCUAUGCAUGUUCGUUUACGAUGUGGUGAUGGUAUUCGUUACCCCAUUCCUCACUAGUAGUGGUUGCUCUGUGAUGUUGGAAGUGGCAACAGGUAUUGAUUGCUCAAGCAGCGGUAAUGAUGAUUACCCUAUGCCUCCUGUAGAUGCACAGUUACCUGAAAAAUUUCCCAUGUUAAUGCAAGUGCCACACUUUGAUCCGAUGAUAUCAUGUGUUGAUCUAGAUAUUGAGAAAGGCUUCCACAUGACAAUUCUUGGCCUAGGCGACAUUAUUAUACCAGGUUGGUUUUUUUUAGCUAAAGAGUUUACCUGUCUUGAAAAUUUUUUGCAACCAGUGCCCCAUAUUGAUAUUGUUGUGGGACGAGGAAUGUGUGAUUAUGCUUAG